AUGGUGCGAGACGUUCAGCUGCUGCUGCAGCAGCAGCAUGAGCAGCACCAACUGCAAAUGCAGCAGCUGCAGCAGCAGCUGCAGGAACAGCAGCGUCAACAAUUGCAGCAACUGAGGGAGGAGCUCCUCCCUCAGGAACGAGAAGAUCGUCAACCGAGGGAGGAGCCCCUCCCUCAGGUGCAAGAGAUGGACAGAGGGGAGGAAUCAAAGCCACCUCAAACCGGGGACGAGGUUCCUCCGGAGACUUUGGAGACGCUUUUCGAGGGAUUGCAGAGGAGCAUCUCGACGCAGUUUAGGGAGCAGCAGCGCGCAUUUAACUCUCGAUGGGAAAAGGAGCGCUCUCGCGCAGAAGAGAACGGCUUCUGCAGCGAUCCAGAAGGUCUUGAAAGAGCGGAUGACAGCGAUGGAGAACAAUUAUCAGCCACGGAGAUUGAGAGACUAGCACAGGCCGCUUUUUGCGAAUGCCCUUUAGAAAUUAGAGACAAGCUUGCUGUCUCACAAUUUGUUUCCUCGCUGGCUAAUGAGGAAAUGAAACGGAUGCUGAGGCUCGGAGGUUUCACAUCUCUCAGGGCUGCUGUUAUCAGGGCUCUGGAGAUUGAAGCUGUCGAGUCAAUGGCUAAUGCGCCCGUUACAAAAAAAGAAACAUCUACUAAACCGGUUUAUUCUUCGGAGAGGGAUUCCGGAAGGAGAGAAAUGAGAAGACCGGUAAAACGGAAGCUUGAAAGACAGGAGAUGGAAUGCUGGAAUUGCAAGGAGAAGGGUCAUAUGUGGCGGAAUUGUCCGAAAAAGAGAAAAGAAGAAUUUUAA